UAAGGGUAAUACACGAGAAUAUGAAAAGGCUUAUUUAUAAUAGUAUAUCAUAUAUGUAUAGGUAAAGGCUAAAGGUUGAUUGUAAGUUGUGUUGUAAGAAAGAGAUAAACCCUGCUCUCCCUCCCGCUGCCGCUUCUCUCUCUAUAUAUGUCUUGUACCUCACCUCCCUAUAUCUUCCUCUCCUCUUCCUCUUCGUAGCUCCAGCGAAUUAUUACAUAUUGCGUGAUCUGUCUGGGUGGGGAUCUGUGUUGGAAAAAAAAAGAAGGGAUCGGAGAAGGAGAGAAAGAAAAGAGAGUGGAUGUGAAGUUGAAGCAGUCUCCGGAAGGUAAAGAUCAAAGGAAAGGUGGAUCGGCGGCAUGGAAAGCGGGCACUUCCCUGGGAAGGGCCGGAUCAGGGCCAGGAUCAGGAUCAGGAUCAGGAGAAAGAGAGAGAGGGUUCAGGCCGGAUGAAUGAGUUAUUGGGUUCUUAUAAUAAUAUUAUUUACCCAUCUUCCGCUUCUUGGUCCCAGUCCCAGUAUUCACAAUCACAAUCACAAUCACAAUCACAGACUAUAAUGAAUUACUCUCCUAAUACUCCUUCUCAUAUUGCUUCCACCACCUGCUUCCAGGACGACGCCCACCAUUUCAACCUUCCUCAACCUCAACCUCAACCUCAACCACCUCCGCUUCACAAUCAAGAAAGUGGAAGGAAACGACAUUAUAGAGGGGUGAGACAAAGACCGUGGGGGAAAUGGGCAGCGGAGAUCCGUGACCCGAAGAAAGCGGCUAGAGUUUGGCUCGGGACAUUUGACACCGCGGAGGCUGCAGCCAUUGCCUACGAUAACGCAGCUUUGAGGUUUAAGGGAACCAAGGCCAAGCUUAAUUUUCCAGAGCGGGUUCAAGGGAACAACACGGGUGCUGAGUUUACUGGAGCUGCAGCACCAUCUUCUUCUGUUGGGGUUGCUAUUCCUCCUCCAUUAAUGCCGCAAGAAGAAGCCUUCCCCGGCCUUCACCAGUACGCCCAACUUCUUUCCAGCACCGACGCGGACUUCCCCUAUUACUCUUCCACCCUCCUCAACCACCCAUACCCUUCAUUGUUUUCCUCUUCUUCUUCUUCCUCCAGUUCCUCCUCAUUCAACCAACAAAAUCAUUUCGGCACCCGUGGCCCCACCAAUUAAACCAUUUCCAAUUACCUCCCACUUUUAAUUUGGACUACUCAUCAUCAAAACUCCUCUAAGAUUUUAUCCAUGCCCUAUUUUCCUGCUCUAGAUCUAGCUGAUAAUAAAUAUAUAAACCAUAUAUAAUUAAUUUUUCUCAAGUGAUUCCUUUCCUUGUCGUGCCUAAUUAAUUUUUGCUUCAUUCUAUUUCUAAUGCAUAUAUUCAGUGGCUUUCCAGUCAACAGCUACCUUUAUCUGUUCUUCACGUUUUCCUGUCAUCUUCUCUAGAUUUUACUUGCUAGUUGCAUCUCCUAGAGGGAAUAAUAUUUUCCCAUCAUCAUUUUAGUAAGAGUUGUAUGAUGUACUAGGUUCAGGUUCACUACAAAAAUAGACAAAUAAAAACAACCCAUAAUCUUUAUAUA